UAACAGGUGCUAUGUGAUUUGAUGAUUUGAACAACAACACGCUCUGCUCCCGCCUAAAGUGGGAUGCGGGCCUAAUUUGCAUAGCAAUACAGAUAUCUCUAACGUCAUUUCGCCUAGUCAAAACUCUAAUUCAAGAUAUCUAUAAUUACAUUUUGCUAUAGGCAGAAUGAAAGUUAUAGAUAUCUCCAAUUUCAGAUAUCUCUAAUCAAAACUCAUUCAAGAUAUCUAUAACUUGAUAAUAGAUAUCUACAAUCAAAUUAUGACUAUCCCUAACUCCAGUUUGAGAUAUCUACAACGUCAUUUUGAAAACUUAAAAUUCAAGAUCAAAACUUAAUUCAAGAUAUCUGAAAAGGAACAUGUAGAUAUCUUGAAUUGAGGUGAAUUAAAGAUAUCUUCAACUGGAGUUAUGACUAGUCAGAAUCAAAUUGUAGAUAUCUCUAACUGGAAUUACAGAGAUCUACAAUUCAAUUGCAGAGAUCCGUAAUUCACAUAGUGGAUAUCUGCAACUGAAUUGUAGAUAUCUGUAAUGAUAAACACCAUUGAAAUGAAUGGCAAAUGUGGCGUCAUUUGUCCUAGGAAAAAUGUGUUUUUGGAUAUCUAAAAUGACAAUUAUGGAUAGGAAGAAUUCAAUUGCGGAUAUCUAAAAUGUUCGUUUUGACUAGGCAAAUAUAUCUGCAAUACAUAUCCAGUCUAGCGGGUAAAUGUUAAAAUGGCUUGCCAUAGUGACAUCAUCUGCUACUGCAGCGCUCUCAUGCUAACACCGCCCAUUUCAGCCCGACUGGAGUGUUAAUAGAGUUCAUUGCAAACGCAAUGUGAAACCCAGCAACCAACUGUCACAUAAUAAUAACUAAGCUUUACUCAGAUACCAUCAUAGAUAAACCUAUGUCUUUUUAAAAGAUCAACCUUGAUUACCCUCUAUCAUUUCAAUUAGUAGGCUACAUCUGUACAGGAGUGAAAUAAAAUAUAGGCUAUAGAUUCACAUAAUAACAGCAGUUCUACAUAAUUUAAAUCCAUAAAUAUUCAGCUUCACUUUUGAGAUUUUCCUACUUUUAUUCCAAAAAUGCGCUAAAACGUGUUUCAGCAUGUUGCACAUCUGAUGAUGAGCUCCCCACCCAGAGCCAGUGAAUAUUUUAGCAGCAGUAGGCUAAAUAUUUUAAAGCCCUGCCUCUUUUUAGGGACAGUUACGUAAAUUGGGUUAUGGUGGGACAUUCAGAACUUUUUAGUGUUAAUAUCUCAGAAGUAACAGAGAAACUUAGGCUACAUAUAGGCAUAUUGUUAUGCAAGCUUGUGAAAACUAUUCUUUAUUGUUUAUUGUUUUUAAUCUUUAUAUUCUUUAUUGUUUUUGUGCAUUGCUAGUAUAGGCCUACCCAGUAGGAUAGCCUGGUGGCACCCUUUUAAACAGUGAACUCUGAGCCGAGUAGAUCAUUCUCAUACGGACAUUACACAGGCAUCAGUCACAGCCAGAGGUGAUAUGCCAAUGUGGUAAAGAUGCAGGAUGUGAUUACAGAGCUCAAGCUGUGCCAAGUGGCGCUCCACCUGUGAUUGAAUGAUAGCCUUUCAACUGGAACUCCAGGGCAAACCUACUUCACUCACGUACUCUCAAAUCAAUCACUGUCUUUAUGUGCUGCUUGCAUGCCUCAUCAACAAAUGGCAACAAACUCCAAACACCAACAGUGUGCACUAUCAGUCCUGUGUUUGUUGGAUGGAGUCGUUUGAGUUUGACAUGUCCAAAAGUUUCUAUGUUCAACUGCUGUCUGAAGUGUGGAGAGAGGGAUGGCUGCGAGAACAGAUGGUAAACAGGAGGGAGUACGAGGUGGUGCGCCCGGUAAAACUGCAUCAUCGGUACGGCAGAGACACAAAGCUGUUCGGAACAGAGUCACAAGACGAAGUUAACUAUAGACUAAAAUUGAAUGGGAAGGACAUUGAGAUUCACUUGCAAAAGAACCGAUUGCUGAUAAGCAAAGACUAUACCGAGACGCACUAUACCAAUACGGGAACAAGGGUGACAACGCCUUACACGCAGGAUCAGAAUCAGUGCUAUUAUCUUGGGAAGAUUGUUGGCGACAGUCAAUCAGCCACCAGCAUGAGUACCUGCCACGGCCUCAGUGGAUUCAUCAGGGUUGCAGGGCAGGAGUAUGUGAUUGAGCCGUUGGCGGGGACAGACACCGGGGACCACAUAGUGGUGAAGUACAGCAACCUGCGCCGGGUUCCGUUGAACUGCGGCGUCAACGAGUGUAGAGAAUGAGUUUCCGGUCCUUGCCGAAGGAGGGCGCGCCCAAACCACAGUAAGAAAGUGGAGUUAAAUCAAGUCAA